AGCAUGUCCUCAUAGGAUGUGUAGUGUACCAGGAACUAAGGACUAAUGCCCACUCUCCAGUGUGUCACACCUCGACUCUACAAAGCAUCUCCACAUGCUCACAUGUGCACUGGUGUCAGUUCACGACAGAGUGGCAAACAAGGAGUAUCCAGCAGUGUAUUCUACAGCUGCCCAGGGUUCGCCGCCGAGCUUGGACGAGGAAUCAGUCACCAGAGUCAGAAUUGACAAGCAAAAGGAUCCACUGAUCAUGAUCCAGUCUCUACAAGACUGUCUGCAGGGAAUGGAGCAGCAGCAGCAGUCCUCCAAUGCCAGCAAGUUCGUGCAUUCUAUUGCCGAGUCUAUUGCUCGUGUUUUUCAGUACAUAAGGGCAAGUUCGUAUACACACCCUACAUCUUCACACACAAUCUAAAUAAGAGCUAACGCUAAUGCCAGCAAGUUCGUGUACACACCCUGCAUCUUCACACAAUCUAAAUACUACUACUCUUACUCAGAACAGUUAUUGCUAUAAUAUAUAGGCACCCAUAAAAGUAAUAAGGACCCCUCUCUAACAAGGAACCCAAGAUGAAAUCUUACAUCGAUGCCUGAAAUACUGUACAUCUCUGCACUGGCAUCCAGAUUGAGAUUUGGACAUUUUUUUCUCUUCACUCUUUCUUGACUUGUGCGUGCCUGCAUGUCUUCCUUCCUGUAUCUCUCCUUCAUGUCGUUGUCAUCUUCUUCCACUUCUACAAUGUCUGUCUUUCCUCCUCUCCUUCCUCCAGACGCUACACUGGUCUUCCGGAGGUGGUAUGGGAGGAGGAGGAGGAGGGAGAGAGCACAUGAGCAGUCGCCACACCCAUGAGACAAUGAGAGAGAUCACAGAGAUCUCCGUGACAUCAGGGACGUAAGGGAUUUCCGUGACGACCGUACGAUGAGGAGUGGCCACAAGAUGUCCAAACACCAUCACGACUGAAGUAGAGAGUGACGAAGAUGACGAAUACUUACAGUUGACCUGUUUUGUACUCCGCUAGUUUGCAUGCAAUUUUGUGAUUUUGCUGACUAGUAAUCCCUGAAUAAUGUAUUCAUCAUGACUUUAUACUUAGUUUGAUCUUUGGAAGUUUCAAUAGUACAUGUGGGAUUAAAAUAUUUGCUGUAAUGAUACUGUA